AUGCUGAAUUGGUUAUCUCCGGCAAUUCGUCGGCCGGAGCACAUCCGUAACCCUCCCGAGAAGGUGUACCCUGAAUCAGCAGAGCAGCAGCAGCAGCAGCAGCAGCCUGAGCAUCAGCAGCAGCAGCCUGAGCACAACCAACAACAGCAGCAGCAGCAGCAGCAGCAUCAGCAGCAGCAGCAGCAGCAGGAGAAAUUAUUUAUAGACGACCCUCUAGACCCUGAAAUAGUUGCUCGUCGUACAGCAGCAAGAAUAUCUUUUUUUGAGAUAAAAGAGUUGGAGGGUUUAGAGAGAAAAGAAUUAAAAAUUAUUAAAGAAAAAAUUGGUAAAGAAAUCAGAGAUCUAUGCAGGGAGAGUUUAGAUGAAUAUGUGGAUUUUAGGGAGGAUUUAGAUGAAUAUGUAGAUUUUUGUGGCAAGAAGGAUAGAAGAACUAAGAAAGGAAAGAGAAGCAUCGGGGCAUGCAACAACCCAGCAGCAACGUAUGCAUGCACCAUCAGUAGCACCAAGAAGAGACAGCAGCAGCAGCAACAGCAGCAGCAACAGCAGCAGCAACAGCAGCAGCAGCAGCAGCAGCAGCACGCCUGCUUACGAGAUUCUCGUCAACUGCCAUCCCCCGUUUGCUCAUCUCCUCGCGAAAGAAGAAAUCAUCCUGCCACACUGCAGCAACACAGCAGCAGCAGCAGCAGCAGCAGCAGCAGCAGCAGCAGCAGCACAGCAGCAGCAACAGUACAUAAGGGGCAGCCAUGUGGAGAGCAAGUGAUACAGCGGUGGCAGCAGAGCAGCAGCAACACGAAGGCGUGCAGCAGCAACAGCAGCAGCAGUACUAGCAACACCACCAGCGGUAACAGCACCAUCUGCAGCAGCAGCAACAGCAGCAGCAGCAGUAGCAGCAGCAGCAGCAGCAGCAUACCUGCUCUAUUUUUGGGUACUCCUUGUGGUCCAUGCCUUGAUUCCCAGCAGCAGCAGCAGCACUCCCAGAAACAGCAGCAACAGCAGCAACAACAACAACAACAGCAGCAGCAGCAGCAACAUAAACAGCAGCACCUCUUGUGCCAACAAACCCCUCAGCAAACCCCCACCACCAACAUCAUCAUCAUCAUUAGCAGCAGCAAAAACAGCAGGAGGAACGGCAGCAGCAAGAGCAGCAGCAAAACAUCAGCAUCAGCAUCAGCAGCAGCAGCAGCAGCAGCAGCAGGAGGAUAA